UGGUUUUAGUGUAAUUUCGAUUAGAAGAUGCCAAGAUUUGCUUAACAUCGAUCGAUAUAAACGAAAAUGUUGAAAGUUUCCAAUAUUUAUCCCAUAUUAUUCUCCUUGCAAUUUGUAUUGUUAUUUUGGGGUCAAUGGGUACUCCCUCAACAGGCACCUCCCUUCCUCGACAAGUUCUGCAUCCUUUGCAACAAUACCUGUGAAAAUGGCCCCAAUUUUCAUCGAUGGAUCGUUGAAGAACAGGUGGUGGCUCCCGACAAUUUUGAGCAAGUGGGCAAAGUAAUUAAUGGACAAUUUCCUGGACCCACAAUUACCAUUGGUACAUUUCAGCAUUUGGUUGUGCUGGUAGAGAACAGACUUUCUGUACCACUAACGAUCCACUGGCAUGGUUUGCAUCAACAAAGAACUGUCGCCGCGGAUGGCGCAGCUCUCGUCACACAAGCCGACAUACCACCCAAUGGAAAGUACACGUACUGCAUGUUUAUUGAAGAUGAGCCUGGAACUCAUAUGUACCACGCUCAUACAAACAUCGAUAUUAUUUGGAUUCACGGGGCGCUUAUCGUCAAGGAUAACAAUCCACCAAUCUGGGCAAAGACUAGAGAUGCGAGCAAGUAUCACUAUGAUGAAGAGCGGCUCCUCAUUCUGGAACAACUUUUUCACGAACCUGUUGAACGUUUUUUCCAAUCUCUGACCACCGCAGGACUAGCGCGGCCCGCAACGCAAAGUCUGAUGAUCAAUGGUCAAUCCUUCGGAGUGUGGCCAACCAGCAAUUCUGACGCCAAAGGAUACUCCGUUAUCAGCGUUCAGCGAAUGAAAACUUAUCGAUUUAGAUUAAUUAACUUGUCUUCCGAGUUGAUGUUUAGAUUUGAGAUUGAGGACCAUUCCUUGACCGUGAUUGAAAUGGACGGCAUAAUCUGCGUUCCAGUCAAAGUUGACCACGUGGAUAUUCAUACUGGACAGAGAUAUUCUGUCCUUGUCACGAUGGAUCAGCCCGUAGGAAAUUAUCUCACCCAGAUCAUACAAAAUCCUGGACCAGGACCGUUAAAUGGGGUCGCCAUCUUGCAUUACGAACAUGCUGCUGAUCCAACGCCACUACGGAAAAUGUCAAGACCAGGUGCUUCCACUCCCAUCGUUACGGAUGAGUGGAUCGUGUCCCAGCUAUCGCCCAAUCCUAUUUUAAAGCAGAGCCGAGUCUAUCCUGUUCCAAAAACGGUAGACAGGACAAUUAUGAUAGAUUUUCAAUCACAGAUCGUCGGUGGGUUGGCUACAAUUCAAAUCAAUGGCCACCAAUUCCGUAGCCCAGAAAUUGCUUACUUGGAUCAAAUCCGGGAUGGCGUAAAUGUGACGGAUAAUUUGCAAGUGUUUGAGAUUUUGCAAGGACAGCACAUUCAACUUAUCAUGCAGAAUCGAGCUACAAACCCUACCGGAAACUGCGGAACUCACCCAUUUCACUUCCAUGGACGCUACUUUUACGUUGCCGCAACCGGUCCAGACGUGUUUGACCCAGAAAGAGACGGACCACUGAUUGAUGAAAAUGUGAGAGCGUCAGGGGGACGGCUGCAAUUUCGUGAUGUUUUUGUCCAAUAUCCGGAACGCACGCUGGCUACAGGUGGAGGCUGUGGAUGGGUGGCCAUUAGACUAAUCGCCAACAAUCCGGGUAUCUGGCUAACUCAUUGCCACAUAACGUCACACAUGCUGGUAGGAAAAAUGUUUGUGCUUUGGGAACAUAGUGACCUGAAUCCCAUCCUCCUUGGAGAAUGAAUCAUUCUGAAUGAUGCAUAUUCUGGUAUAAAACCAUGAAAAUUUGUGGACAAUGUGUAGCAACUUUUAACUUUAUGAAGUCAAAUUAUAAGAUCCAUUUUAUAAGCUAUAAAUAAAUAUUCCCAGACAAUUAGUUGA